AUGGCCGACAUAGACUCCACCGUCGCCCACUUCCGCAAUUCCCAAUGGGCCAACUCUCUCAUCUCCUCGGAGGACUACAUAGCCAUCCCCACAGACUCACGGCGUCCGAAGCCCAGCGGUGAAGACGGAUUCUUCGGCGGCACCAUCGCCACACCGUCUACCAUUCCACAUGUGCUCACCCUCCAACGCCGCCAACUUGCUGCACCGCAGUCGCAACCCCCGACAUGGCUCCCCGCAACAAAGCAAGAUGCCGCUGCCGCGGGAACUCCAACGCCCGGAGCAAACCCCGCCGACAUCGUAAUGAUAUAUGACCUUGGAGGCUCAGGAAUAGCGGGACAUCCAUCGACCGUGCACGGCGGAGUCGUUGCGACCAUGAUUGACGAAGCCAUGUCGCUCGCCGUGGCGGCGCAUCACACUGCGCCUGUGUCCCCGUCGUCGGGGCCCGUGGACAAAAACCCCCGCCCGAAGAUUUUUACGGUGCAAUUGGAUGUGCGGUAUAAGAAGCCCGUGACGACGCCGCAGUUACUGGUUGUCCGGUCCCGGGUUGUUGCGCGCAUCGGGCGGAAGUUCUGGGUUAGGGCGCAGGCUGUCCAGGAGGAUGAGGCAGGCGCUGGGGGCCAUCUUGAGUGGGCGAAACGGAAAGUGGUCAAGGCUGAUGCGAUGGCUUUCUGGAUUGUCACGCCGGAGGGGCAGCAGAAGUUAUAG